AUGCUAUCAAGCUGGAAAUAUACAGCCCCGGAUCACUGUUCUUGGUUUGGAGUCACGUGCAACUCACAUGGUAGGGUUUCUGAGCUGAGAAUACCAGGAGGUGGGAAAUUGUCAAAUGUAAUUGGGAAGUUUUUGGAACUUAAGGUUCUGUCAAUUCCAUUUAAUCGAAUCGCCGGUGAGUUGCCUAAUGAAAUCUGGGGGUUAAAGAGUCUUGAAGUGAUCGACAUUGAAGGGAAUUUGAUUACCGGAGACUUAUCCAUGGUCGAUUUCUCCAAUUUGAAGAAGUUGAAGGUUCUUAAUUUAGGGUUUAACAGAUUAUCUGGGAAAAUCCACAAAUCAUUCGAAGAAUGUAAGAAUUUAAGCGUUCUAAAUCUCACUGGAAACCGAAUCCAAGGGCCUAUUCCUGACGUUUUACCGGUGUUGCCGCCACAGCCACGGCGUGCGCUUCAAGAUUCCAGGGGCAAUGGCGUGAACAAAAAAGGAUUAAGUCCCUUUGAAUGGGUGUUAAUUUUAGUCGCAUCACUCAUUGUUCUAAUUCUUUUGGUUGUCAUCAUUGUCUACUUUUACAUGAGGAACCGGAGACGGAGUUCCCGAGUCGACGGCAUCAACAUCAUCCCAUCUCCGCCACGUUCCGGGAACGAACGUCUCGUGAUUUUCCGAGAGGUAGGGGUACCAUUAACUUUCAACAACGUCAUUGAAGCAACCGGGAACUUCACAUCAAGAAAUUGCAUCGGGAGCGGCGGUUUCGGGUCGACUUACCGAGCGGAGAUAUCUCCGGGAAUCACCGUCGCGGUCAAGCGGCUCACCGUCGAGAUGUGCCAAGGGGUUCCUCAAUUCAACGCCGAAAUCCGAACCCUAGGUCGAAUCCGACAUUCGAAUCUCAUAACGUUGAUCGGAUACUACGCUAGCCCAUCGGAAAUGUUUCUCGUUUACAACUAUCUCCCCGGCGGCAGCCUGGAAGAGCUUAUUCGGGACAAAAGAAAUCAUGUAAUCGGUCUGAAAAUGGUUCACAAAAUCGCAUUAGAUAUCGCCGGAGCCCUAGCUUUCCUACACGACGACUGUAAUCCUCGUAUACUUCAUCGAGAUGUAAAACCCAGCAAUAUCUUAUUAGAUAAGGAUUUGAAAGCUUGCUUAUCUGAUUUUGGGUUGUCACGUCUUCUUGAGGGGUUCGAGACACAUGUGACCACCGGCGUUGCCGGGACAUUUGGAUACGUGGCGCCGGAAUAUGCUCUGGCGUGUAGGGUUUCUGAUAAGGCGGAUGUGUACAGCUAUGGAGUGAUGUUACUUGAAUUGAUUUCAGAUAAACGGGCUUUGGAUCCGUCGUUUGCGAAAGAAGAUAAUGGGUACACGAUUGUGUUUUGGGCGAGGACGCUCCGGCGAGAGGGGCGGGCGGAGGAGGUUUACUGCCGGAAUGUGGGAGGCGGGACCGGAAAAUGUGCUGCUGGAUCUGUUGAAGUUGGGUUUGAUGUGUACGACGGAAUUACCUUCCGGGAGACCGACGAUGAGGCAAGUUGUAAGAAAAUUGAGGCAUAUUCAACGUGA